CUUCAGCAGCGACAUUGAGGUCCGUUAUUUGGACCUUUUUGAAAGGAGCGAAGAAUAGGAUCAGGUUGCUUUUUUGGAACAAAUAGCAGUGUUUUAGUAUGUAGGGAAACCAACACAUCUUGAGAUUUGUCUUUUGUUUUGGGGGGUUAUCUAUGUCACACACACUGUACACACUCUCCGAAGAGGCAUUCUGUGGAUUGUUGGCUGUGACACGUUGAAUUUAUUGGGGGUCGCGGGUUGCCUCAAUGCCAGGAUGUGGACGUGUAUCACGGACUUCUUCACCUAUGAGACCACCAAGUCGGUGGUGGUGAAGAGCUGGACCAUCGGGAUCAUCAACCGAGUCGUACAGCUCCUCAUCAUCACCUACUUCAUCGGGUGGGUGUUUGUGCAUGAGAAGGCGUACCAGAUCAGAGACACGGCUAUAGAGUCGUCUGUCAUGACCAAAGUCAAAGGCUUUGGACUGUACAACAACCGAGUCAUGGACGUAGCUGAGUACGUCACCCCCUCUCAGGGGGCCUCUGUGUUCUGCAUCAUCACUAAAUUCAUCACCACAGAGAACCAGGUGCAGGGAUACUGUCCCGAAAGUGAGAUGAAAUACAAGUGUACGCACGACAACAACUGCACUAGGUUCCUCAACAAGCCUGGAGGAAAUGGUCUUCCAACGGGCAGGUGUGUACAUUUCAACGACACCCUCAACACCUGUGAGAUCAGAGGCUGGUGCCCCGCGGAGAUCGACUACAUCAAGACGCAUCCUAUGAUGGAGGUGGAGAACUUUACCAUCUUCAUCAAGAACAGCAUCCGUUUCCCCCUCUUCAACUUCACCAAGGGUAACUUCCUGCCCACCAUCACCCCUCAGUACAUCAAGGCGUGUAACUUUGAUCAUGAGAACAACACCUACUGUCCCAUCUUCAGGGUGGGGGACGUCAUCCGCUAUGCACACCAGAACUUCACCACGCUGGCACAGAAGGGAGGCGUGAUAGGUAUAAAGAUUGGCUGGAUGUGUGACCUGGACCAGUCAGAGGAUGAGUGUAACCCUUCCUACUCCUUCACGCGGCUGGACGCCAUGUCGGAGAAGAACAGCGUCUCCCCCGGGUACAACUUCAGGUAUGCUAAGUACUACAAGAUGGACAAUGGGACAGAUUACCGUACUCUGCUGAAGGCCUAUGCCAUCAGGUUUGAUGUGCUUGUCAAUGGAAAUGCAGGGAAGUUUAACAUGAUCCCGACUCUGAUCAACAUGGUAGCUGCCUUUACGUCAGUUGGAGUGGGCACCGUGCUUUGUGACAUCAUACUCUUGAACUUCCUGAAGGGAGCAGAGCAAUACAAGGCCAAGAAGUUUGAGGAGGUAUCAGACACGCAGAUCGAGAACUCCUUAUCCAGCAAUGGGCUCUAUCGGAGUAGGGAGUUUAUUGGAGUAGAGAAGCAGUCAAACGACUCAGGGGCCUUUUCCAUUGGGCAAUACGGCUAACGGACAGCCAAUGGAAUGGAGUGUUUGAGGGGAAAGGGGUUGGGUGGUGGCAAUUUGGGACGUUUGGCUGCAAAUGUAGGUUUAGGGUGAUAUUGCCCAUAGACCCUAAUCUUGGAUCAGUUUAACAUUUCCCCCACAAAUGGUUAUGGUGAGGAUUGGGGAAGAGGAAACUGAUCCUAGAUCUGUACCUAGGGUAGACGUCACCCCGGACAGAGAAUGCGUAUAUGCAUGGCAUUGUAAUAUCCCUAAUAUUUCACAUGAACCUGUAAUUUAUCUGUAAUAUUGUCAUGGUGGACGUUGUAUGUGUAAUCCUUAACUUUGCAUGUGACCCUGCAUGUGACCCACCAUGGGCUAUCGUAUUUGAACUCCUAC